UUAUUCUGCCCUACAGUUUGCCACAGCCUUCAAAUACCCCCUCAAACCAAACCCUUCCAAACACUUAAUCUCAUUAAUUUGUUGCUUCUCUAUUAUCAUUUCUCAGCAGCUAAUUAAUGAGAGAAAUAAUGGAGGUCCCAACAUGGUUUUGCAAUAAUGGCCAAUAUUCAUCAACUUAUGAUCAAGAUUCAAAUUCUGAAAAACAAAGCACUACUUCAACAGCAACAUAUGAAGAAACCAGCUCUUGCAGUAUUGACACCUUUCCUUCCCCAAAAUCUUUCAAAUCUCAUUCUUGCAUAACCACUUUUAAUACCUUAACCCCACAAAUUUCCCAUCUAGCCAUUCACAACAACAUUUUAUACGCUACAUCUCUCAACGAAAUCACUGCCUUUGAUUUAAAAACCUAUGAACAAAUCGACACAUUCAGCCAUCAAACAACUUCAUCUUUUGGCAUAGUAAAAUCAAUUGCAUUUAGCAAAACAAAAAUCUUCACAGCUCAUCAAGAUUGCAAAAUUAGAGUUUGGCAACUCACACCCUCCUCCAAAAAACAUCAUCUCCUGUCAACUCUUCCAACUUUAAAAGAUCGAAUCCGACGUGGCAUUUCUCCAAAAAAUUACGUCCAAAUUAGACGUCACAAGCAAAAACUCUGGAUAGAACAUGCAGAUACUGUUUCAGGAUUAGCUGUUAAUAAUGAGGGGUUAAUGUAUUCAGUUUCAUGGGAUAAAAGCUUCAAAAUUUGGAAUAUGUCGAAUUUUUCUUGUUUAGAAUCCGUUAUAGGUCAUGUUGAUGCUAUUAACGCCAUUGUUGUUUCUCAAAACGGCAUCGUUUACACAGCUUCGGCUGAUGGGGAAAUAAAAGUGUGGCAAAGAGAAAAAGAUAAGCAUAUUUUAGUAGCUACAUUAAAGAAACACAAUUCUACAGUGAAUGCAUUGGUUUUGAAUAAGGAAGGAUCAGUUUUAUUUUCAGGAGGAUGUGAUGAAAAAAUAUUAGUAUGGGAAAGAGAGGAAUAUUGUGCUGAUUAUAUGUUGGCUACGUGGUCAUUAAGAGGACAUAAGGGUGCAAUUUUGUGUCUGAUUUAUAUUAAUGAUGUUUUAAUUAGUGGAUCAUCUGAUAAAAGUGUGAGGAUAUGGCAAAAGAGUAGUAAUACAGAAUGUGGAUAUUUUUGCUCGUUAGUUCUUGAAGGGCAUUGUAUGCCAGUGAAGACAGUUACAGCAGCUUGGGAUGAUGAUAAUAAUGAAAGUAAUAAUGGUGUUCUUUCUGUUUUUAGUGGAAGCUUGGAUGGAGAAAUUAGAAUUUGGCAGGUUAUUGUUUCAACGUCACAUUAGUUACCGGGAAGCCCGGUGUACUAAGUUCACGUUAUGCGUGGGGUGCGAGGAAAUAUCGGAUCAUAAUGGUAUAUCGCAUGCAGCCUUACCCUGGAUUUUUACAAGAGGAUGGUUCCACGGCUUGAACCCGUGACUUCCUAGUCACAUACCAACAACUUUACCAGUUUCAACGUCACAUUAGAGUUAAUAAUAUUCAUCAGAUAAUUGAUGGAGUAGAAUAUUGAAGAGCUACUUUUUCAUGUUAAUUCAUUGAAUCGUGGAUAUGAUUCAUGCUAGAAAUAGUAUUCUCACCUCAUUGUUGUUGAAUUAUUAUCGACGGAUUCAAGAUUUUAACUUGAUCAUUUGACCUGUAAGAUUCUUGAUAUUGAUCAAACAAUUGCAGUACUUCUGGAAUUAUGAG